AUGUCAAACAUCCCACAGAAGCUAAUCUUUGACAUCCUUUCACGGCUUGAGCCGAAGGAUUUGAUCCGAUACACGUGUGUUUCCAAAGCUUGGUAUGCUUUGAUCCACAACCAAGACUUCAUCAAAGCGCAUCAUGAACGCUCCAUCAAAACUUGA